AUGGUCCUUGCACUUGCCGUUAAAACAGUUGCUGGUGUGCUUUUUGAUUUAGUGAACAGACAAAAAUUUAAGGAGAAUCCUCAGAAGAUAUCGAGCUUGAUUGAGUUCUUGUCUACAAAUCUCAUGCACCCUUCACAGCCUCACUAUCGGAAGCAAGGUGGACUAGUUGGACUUGCUGUACUGACGAUUGCAUUGAUGAAAAACUCUGCUUCCCCUUAUCUUUAUAAAAUUCUGCCACCUAUACUGAAUAGUCUGACAGACAUGGACAUGUCUGUUUGCGAGUGUGCCUGUGAAACAAUCUGUGAAAUUGCAAUGGUUGUGAAAAGAGAAAUUUGGGUAUUCCUUGGCCGGAUAUUCCGCGCAUUUUUUUCACUCUACAGACGUCCAGGCAUAAAUGAACCGUAUUUCACUGGACGAUUGGAUGCAAUCAUACAAUAUGCAGGAACUGUAGAUGGUAAAUUCAGAAUAGAAGAAUUUGUGCAAUUCUUAAGGGAAAGGAUAAGUGUAUUCCAUCCUAAUGAGCGGGUGUAUUUGUUGAGAUGGAUUGGUGGCAGGGCUCAUCAUCAUGAGGACUCAAGAUGGUUCCUUGAGAUACUUGUUGACGGUUUGUUCAAUAUGUUAUGGAAUUCUGCACCCAUGGAACAUGGAGAGAUUUAUGAAGGACUUCGUAAUAUUCUGCAUAGUAUAAAGGAUGGUCGGCUCAGGCAGCAGAAUGUAGAUUUCGGAGUUUUCUCAAAACCUCUGCUGCAUUUUGCAUGCAAGGAUAAGCAAGAGACCAAGUUUGCAGCACUGACCUGGGGAAUUAGGAAGUGAAUGGCAAGACACUCGAAUUGUGGCAUUACAUUGUAUCACAAAACUUUUGGAAUGGCAUAGAGCUGAAGUACUGUCUUACUUCAACAAAGACAUUGAUUCCGUUCUCAAGGCACUAUCAGAUCCUUUGGACGAGGAUGGGUCCUCUAAUAGUGAGAAAACUGUGCAC